UGUGUGUGUGAGGUAUCGUGUGUGUAUGUGUGUGUGUGAGGUAUCGUGUGUGUAUGUGUGUGUGUGUGAGGUAUCGUGUGUAAGGUUGCUUGAACUAACAUUUUUUCCCGACACGCGUUUUGGUUUCUUUGGUGACUAUUUGAUUCUCAUAAACCAUUUUGAUCUGAUUCAUUUUUUGACAUUUUCCUGCUGUGAUGUCAUCGUGGGGGGGUGGGGGGACAGUAGGGGUUUAGGAACGUUACAUAGACUGGUGUUGACAGACGUGACGCUCUGGAUGCCGUGAGGCAUGAUGGGAAAGCGGAAGCUGCUUUUUCCUGCACAGACUGCAGGAUCCACAGGUUUCUGUCCGUUCUGUGAUCAUCAAAGGAAAGCGCCGCGGUCACGCGUCCCGGUCACGCGUCCCGGUCACGCGUCCCGGUCACGCGUCCCGGCAGACCUGCGGCGUGUUCCUCCUCGGUUUCCCUCACGCAUCCAUUUCCUCACGUCUGAGCUGCGGUUCAGACAAAUCCCACGCGCCUGUGAAGCACCGGCCUCCUCCUGCAGGGGCGUCUGGAUCAGAGGAGCUCUUUGUGGCCGCAGGUCUGGGCCGGCGCCGAGCAUCACGCAGGAAGCAUGGCACGCUGUGGCUUUGGCCGCCAGCGCCGUCCCAGCCAGGAAAAGAUCUGCUUCUUUCCAUGAGGAAUAAGCGCUGCCUCAGCAGAAACGCUCCUCGUCAGAGGAGGAGUCAGGAGCUGCUCAUGGAGGCUUCCUGUCUGCGUCUGCGUCUGCGUCUGCGUCUGGACUUCCUGCUGCCUCAUUCUCUGCAUCAGGAACCUUCAGAAAACAUCAACAUGAGCUGCAGCAUUUUUGCUGAGUCAUGAAACAAUUUCCCCCUUUUACCGUUAAAGACUUCCAGGUUGAAGCCUCAGAGGAAACUUUUGGGUUCAAACAUUUUGACCUAAAGUGACUGAGACGGCGCUAAAGGUCAUUGUUUGAACGUUCCAGACGGCGUUUUCCUUCGGCGCUCCCCGACCUUCAUGCCAGCGCCUGAUUACAGGCCGCGAGAUUGAAGGUUGUGGAAAGCCAAGCGGCAGCCGGCGUGUCUGAGGUUGGCGUGAUGCUUUCCAGGUGGGUUGGUGUAUACGCCGCCGCUCUGCUUCAGUCGCUCAGACUUAAUUUGAAGAUCAGCAGCGGGUUUGAUGUUUGGUUGGAAGAAGAAAGUGAAACCUGAUCUGCAGCGUAAACAGUUUCCAGCUGCUGUUUGGAAAAGUUUCGUUUCAGGAGAAAAACGGAAACGUGAUGGACGUCGUCCCUUUGAGAUGCUCCUUUCAUUUUCCACAGUGAUACUUUCUUUUGACAGAAACGGGCUAUUUGACACGCUGUCGAACACGUUGUCAUGGUAACCUGCCUCUGGCUCCGCAGCAGCUGGUGUGCGAGGACCAACCGGAGGAAGAAAGUGGUACGGAUGCUAAAGUCCUCCUCUUCCUGCUUGUAUUGUCGGUUUCAUGCUGGGAGGUGUCAGACGUGACCGGGUCAGAAGCGGGAAACGCCCAGAAAUGAACGGGCGACGUCCGCUGGACGCGUUGGACGGUUUCUUCCGCCUCUCCAAUCCUUUCUGAUCACGUCAAACGCCUCAAAUGGAGAAACUGAUCUGGAUGUUUGUCCUUCAACCAAUAUUAUCAUUAGAUUUGUUUAACUGUUUCAUGAGAAAACGUGAAACUGAUUCCCAGAUGACUGACCUUUGACCUCUAAUGACCGUCAGACUAAAUCUGUUGGUUUCUGCAAUGCUGCCCUCAUUCUGCCGUGUUUCCCGCCGGACGUCUGCUGGCGAUGGCGUCCUCUCUGACCUUCACGCCCUCCUCAGGUGUUCCUGGUCUCCGUGAGGUCCGGCGUUUCCUUCCCAGACGGCGGACCCUCCCUGCUGCUACCUGGGUGUGAGAUUCCUGAGCUGUGACGGCGUCGCUGCAAGCAGAGCUCCGCCCCUUUCCUGCUGUCAUAAAGUCUGAGCAGCUGCAAAGGGCGGCGGUCUUUCCAGAGGUGUUUAGGUUUCUGCUUCCAUGUUGAGGCUGGAUGGAGUCCAGCGGUUUGAUGCAGAUGUGCAUCUUUAGGUGUCUUAAGGUUAAAUAAUGACUGGAUUCACACAGAGGAUGCUUGAAUGGCGUUUCCAUAGCAACAGAUGCCCUCCUUCAGGAAGCAGUAAACCUGGAGUUUGAACACAUUAACUUCACAUUUUCUGCUGUUUGUGGUAUAAAUGCAUCCGUGUUCCUCUAUAACGAGAUGGGAGUCACUUCCUGGAUGAAGCGCAGACUGCUGGAAGCUGUGAAUGAUGACGGCUUCAGCACCAGACGGCGAGGAAAAUCCCCCCCCCCCCCCCCAGCGACGCCUCUGUCCCGCUCAGGCAGAAGAAAGCUGAACUGUCUGGAGACAGAAACCAAACACCAUUUAUUCCCCUCAACGUUGGCGCUAAACUGUCACGUCGGUUUGGUUCCUAAAGUUCUUGAAGACUCGAGCGUUUCUCAUCUUCAACAGACCGUUUAGUUUCAGUCGUUCUUCUAAAUGUUGUUUUAUUCCUCUUUUCUCAUUCCAUCAAGAUUGGAAAAAGAAAAUGAAUGAAUGAGUUCACAGGCAUCUAGAACCGCUGGCUUUGUCCUGACCCACAGGGAUUUCUCCACUUUCUUGAAUGAUAAAUGAUGAGCUGAAGCCUUUACUUUCAGUCAAAUUCUUCCUUUUCUCACAACAUUCCCCAACUAAACAGCAUCUUCUCAUUUCUUCUUCCUCCAGAGCUCCACAUGAAUCCUGCUUGAAUCUUUUUCUAAUCAUUUCUCUCACAAACCUUUUUGUACUCAUUAAAACUUUUACCAAUAGAAAUGUUUCUCAUUUUGUUUCUAAAUGUAAGAUUUUCCCGCCUUUCUUUAGAACGUUCGGCUGUAAAUCCUAAAAAAAUGACUGAAGUCAUUAAAACAAAGUGAAUAUUUUUAAGGAAAACGAACUUGUAGGAGCUUCAGGAAGAUGAUGACGUGAGAGGCGGGGGAGCGCGCGCGCGGGCCGCUCGCGCUCCUUGUUGCGUCAUCAACCCUGCAGCAGCCUCAGCAGAUCCAGGCUGCAGCUGCUGACUCAACGUUCCCGCUUCUGUCAGAUGAUGCUCCGCGAGGCUCCUCCCCUCAGCCCCCCACCCCCCGUCCACGGUCACAUCCACCCGAGGUCUGAUCACAGCAGAACUUUCCUCCGGAGCCUGCGCACGUGCGCACCUGUGCAUCUCCCAGCAGAGACGCACUGCAGCAGCGGAGGAGGAGGAGGAGGAGCGCGAAGAAAACACCUGGAAACGAGUCGAUCCGCGCGGGUUCUGCCGAGAUGCUGCCGACAGGAAGCAGACGUGUCCUCGUCCUUCCUCUUCUUUGUCAUCUCGCGUUGGCUUUCCCGACCCCCAUCACACCUUCAUAUGAUGAGGAGGAGCAUCUCAGGGUGAACAUCCCUCACUCAGGUCCCGUUUUUGCCCCCCUGGGCAGCUCCAUCUCCAUCCCCUGCCUGCUGUCUUUGUCCCCCACAUCAUCCUCUUCUGCCCCCCUGGUACCCCGGGUGAAGUGGACGAUGGUGUCUGGUGGGAAGGAGACCCACAUCCUGGUGGCGCGCGGCCAAAGGGUGAAGAUCAACGAUGAGUACAGAGACCGAGCCGCUCUGCUGAACUACACCUCCUUCCCUCAAGACCCCGCCCUGCGGCUGGGAGAUCUGCGGCACGGCGACUCGGGUUUCUACCGCUGUCAGGUGCAGCAGGGCCUGGAGGACACCAGCGACGUCUUUCAGCUGGAAGUCAGAGGUGUGGUGUUUCACUACAGAGACGCCUCGGACAGGUACGCCUUCUCCUUCCAGCAGGCCCACCGGGCGUGUGAGGCCAUCGGGGCACAGAUGGCGACGCCCGAGCAGCUGCUGGCAGCGUACCAUGACGGAUACGAGCAGUGUGACGCCGGCUGGCUGGCGGAUCAGUCCGUCAGAUACCCAAUCCAAGUGCCUCGAGAGGGUUGCUAUGGAGACAUGGACGGGCAGCCAGGGGUUCGGAACUAUGGGAUGAUGGAUCCAGACAGUCUGUAUGACGUUUACUGCUACACAGAGGAAACCGGCGGGGAGGUGCUCCACGAUGGCGGCCCUCAGCAGUUAUCCUUCCAUGAAGCUCAGGCGUUCUGCCGGGCGGCGGGGGCGCGGCUCGCAACAACGGCACAGCUCUACGCGGCGUGGAGCCAAGGCCUGGACCGCUGCAGCCCCGGAUGGCUGGCAGACGGCAGCGUGCGCUAUCCCAUCAGGAACCCCCGGGAGCGCUGUGGCGGCCCCCAGCCGGGGGUCAAGACCCUGUACCGCUUCAGCAACCAGACUGGGUUCCCAGAACCGUCCAGUCUUCAUGACGUGUUCUGCUUCAAAGAAACCUCCAGGAACUCCUCCUCCUCCUCCUCAGACUACGUCUCCUCGGAUCCUGAAGACGUCGAUCAGAAUGUGGUGGUUCUGAUGGAAACUGAACGGGAACUUCUGCUCAGUCAACCAGCUGAGGUGGAGCGGGAGGCCCAGAGUCAGCUGGAGUCUCUGCCGUUCUUCUCUGCACCUCCCGCCACAGAAAUCCCGGUCGGCACAAACCCAGCAGGUACCUCGGACGCCGCUGACCCCGCCCCCCUCCCAACAUCUGAGCUCCGCCCCUCUGAGGACCCGUCAGCGGCGUCUCUGGACUCUCCUCCUGCAGCUGGAGUGAGCCGGUCCGUCUCCAGCACAGAGAUCCAGACCAGCUUCUCCCCCCGUCUUCAUCAUCAAACUGACCCCCACCCGAACGCCACCCCCACCUUUCACCAGCCGGACCUUGACAGAAGCUCGGAUGAACCUCAGACACAGAACCAAACGGUGCCGGGUUCGAACCCAGAGGCCCACACGCCUCCACCCGAGGAGAAAGUCCAUCUGAACAGGAGCGGGUCAGAAUCCGGCGACGGCGAGGAAGACGGGAAGAACGUGGACGACCUGCUGCUGACGACCCGCACGGUAACGGACGCAGAACCGACCACAGAGGCCGGCGGGAUGACGGAGUGGAGCCAGACGGACGCCUCUGGAGAUUCUCCACGCGAGAGAAGCUCCGUCAUGGCGAUGAUCUCCACAUCCCAGUUCUUCGGCGCGUGGGUCUCCACCCACGAACCCCCGUCUGCUUCCUCUGAACCCCAGACUUCACCUCCGACCUCCUCCGCCUCGCCUGGGCCCCUCCUCCUGAGCUCACAGGUCCCUUCCAGCCCCCCGCAGACCCGCGGGUCCUGGGCUCCUAAACGAGGAGGCGGCGUGGACGUGGAGGAUGAAGACCUUCACGCCACCCGUCCGGCCUCUCAGCGGCUCUCCGACUCCAGCCCCCCUCCGGGUCAGACGGCGGCUUACACGGAGUUCCUGCAGACUGGGAGCAGUUCUCAUGAGGAUGGAAGUGGAGCAGCGGCUGUCCUCCAUCCAGAGGGCGGGGCUCCUGCUCCGACCGCUGAAGAAGAGACGCCCGGCUCUCCACGAGUCACAGAGGAGACGAGCGUCUCCUUUUCACCCCCAACCGGUGUUCUUCCAGAACAUUCUGAAACUCCGUCUGUGUUUGGAGAAGCUGGCGUCGGUUUUGAUCCGGAGGAUGAAACCCGGGUUUCUCCGACCCUUCAUGAACAAAUCCGUGGAACUCCAGCUCUUCUGGGUGGAGAAGUGGCCGACCGUGAUGACAGUCCCGUCUCCACCCCCCACAUCCUGGGAGGAGGCGUCCCAGUUGGUUCGACCCAUUUUCCUAAAGAACCAGCUGAGACAACCCGGGCUUACGGGCCGCUUGACGCUAACGCUACUCUCAGUCAAGGAGAGGAUUCAUCUGAGCUUCUCUUUGAAGACGUUUAUGGAAAUGCUUCUGACGCUGCUCCGGCGCUUAAAGGAGACGCCAACACCUCCCUCGUCUUCAGACAAGAGCUUCAGGGAGCCCCCACUGUAGAGGCAGAAACCAAAGUUACCACAACCCCUGAGUAUGACGCCACAGCCGUCCCAACUCUGGUUCCCAUGGAAACGGUUCACGUUUUCCCAGCCAGGGAUCACCUGGAAGACGCUAGUGUCCAUGCAGGAGAAGCACCAGCAACCAUUGAUCCUGAGGAUGACAGCAGAGGGGCCCCCACCCUGCAGGUCCUCAGCAUCGCUCCUCCUGGACCUCCAACGUCCGAGUCCCCGUUGUUUUCCACCUCACCUGGAGACCAAAUGGACAGUAAAUACUCUGCUCUGGGUUCCUCUGAGGGAACCAACCUGAACCCGGCUGCUGGGGAAACCGUUUCCAUGACAACCAUCUCCACCGCGCAGAGGUCCAGACACAGCUGGAGCUCCACCCCGCCGCCCACAGCUCUCCACGAGACGGACGACCUCGCCACGCCGCCAGCGGGUCUGGAUCUGCUCACCCAGCCGCCCCCCCUGCUGCUUCUGCCCAAUGAGAGGGCAGCAGUGGGCGGAGCCGGGAAGUCUUCAGAUGCUUGCAUGGAUGAUGACCCCUGUCAGAACGGAGGCACCUGCACGGAGGAGCGCGGUCGGGUCCGCUGUCUCUGCUUGCCUUCCUAUGGAGGAGACUUCUGCCAAAGCGACCUGGAGCGAUGCGAGCCGGGCUGGGAGAAGUUCCAGGGCUUCUGCUAUCGGCACUUCAGCCUCCGUCAGAGCUGGGAGGUCGCGGAGCAGCACUGCCGCAAGCUGGGGGCUCACCUGGUGUCCAUCAUGAGCCCCGAGGAGCAGGACUUCCUCAACAGAAACUACAAGGAGUACCAGUGGACCGGACUGAACGACAAGACGUUCGAGGGCGACUUCUGCUGGUCCGACGGGAACCCGCUGCUCUAUGAGAACUGGUACCGAGGCCAACCGGACAGCUACUUCCUGUCCGGGGAGGACUGCGUGGUGAUGGUCUGGCAUGACGGCGGGCGCUGGAGCGACGUGCCCUGCAACUACCACCUGGCCUACACCUGCAAGAAAGGCACCUCUUCCUGUGGCAGACCUCCCAAAGUCCGGAACGCCGUCAUGUUUGGGAAGGUUCUGCAGAGAUACGAGACGAACGCGGCGGUCCGUUUCCACUGCCAGGACGGCUUCCAGCAGAGGCUCCGCCCCCUGGUCAGGUGUCUGCAUGGAGGCCGCUGGGAGAGGCCGCAGAUCCAAUGCAUCCCCGAGGGCGGGGCCUCAGAGCGGCGACCUGACCUCACGGUCACCACCGAGAGCAACCUUGCAGCAGCUGAAGUCGAGGAUGAAGCCACUGAAAAGACUGUGGAAUUCUGGGAAAUCAAGUUCUAGCUCAGCUGGUUUGGAGCUUCUCAUCAGCCAAUAGGAAUGCAGGAACAGACACCGCCAAAGUCUGAGAUUUUCAUCAGAAUCCAGACAAAUGGGGUUAAUGAGGAGAAAUGAGCUUCCUGACUUUAUAGUAUCGACGCUGUCAGAUCACAUUUUAACAAGAAGUGACACCUUUUUGUUCCUAAAACACAAAAAAACAGUAAACAUGAGAAGUACCCUGAUCUCAAACAGACACAGUUUUGUUUGUCAGCUUUAUGUUGUAAUAAAGUUUUGUACAACAGAGCAAAGAAUAAAGAAACUUUUCCUA